GGCGGUUCCACGGCUCCGGGAGGUUCCGGGGCUCCAGGAGGUUCCGGGCGGCUCCGGGCAGCGCUGAGCGGUUGCGGGCGGGCGGAUCGGCCAUGUCGGUGUUCGUGACGCGGCGGAUCCCGGCCGAAGGGCUGCGGGUGCUGUCCCAGGCCAGCGGGUGCCGCGUUCAGCAGUGGGACUCGGAGGAGCCGGUGCCGCGGGCCGAGCUGCUGUCGGGCGUGGCGGGGACACGCGGUUUGCUGUGCCUGCUGUCGGACCGCAUCGACCGCGAGGUGCUGGACGCGGCCGGGCCCGGCCUCAAGGUCAUCAGCACCUUGUCCGUGGGCUUCGACCACCUGGCCCUGGAUGAGAUCAAGAAGCGGGGGAUCCGGGUGGGCUACACCCCCGACGUGCUGACCGACGCCACCGCCGAGCUGUCCGUAGCCCUGCUGCUGUCCGCGUGCCGCCGGCUGCCCGAGGCGGCCGAGCAGGUCAAGAGCGGYGGCUGGUCCACCUGGAAGCCGGAGUGGAUGUGUGGGUACGGCCUGUCCGACAGCACCGUGGGCAUCAUCGGGCUGGGCAGGAUCGGACAGGCGGUCGCCCGGCGCCUGAAGCCGUUUGGGGUGCGCAAGUUCCUGUACACGGGCAGCGGCCCGAAACCACAGAACGCGGCAGAGUUUGGGGCCGAGUUCGUCCCGCUCACGCGGCUGGCUGAGGAGUCGGACUUCGUGGUGGUCACUUGUGCCCUGACGCCGGCCACCCAGGGGAUGUGCAACAAGGACUUCUUCGGCAGGAUGAAGAAAACCUCUGUGUUUGUCAACACGAGCAGGGGGGCUGUGGUCAAYCAGCAGGACCUGUACGACGCCCUGGCCCAGGGCCGGAUCGCCGCCGCCGGUUUGGACGUGACCACACCGGAGCCGCUGCCCACUGACCACCCCCUGCUCUCCCUCAAGAACUGCGUGAUCCUGCCACACAUCGGGAGCGCCACGUAUGCCACCAGGAGUGCCAUGGCCGUGCUGGCGGCCACCAACCUGCUGGCAGGGCUACGAGGGGAGCCCAUGCCCCACGAGCUGAAGCUGUGACAGCCACCGUGCCUUGGGAUGGAUGCAACACGAGGGCAAAUUAAAGAGUAGCAGCAAACGUGUGGAACUCG